AAAUUUAAAGCUCCCCAUCCAUAUUCUUAUAUACAGUGUGAUACCUGUACAGUGCAGUAACUGCAGGCAGUUGGUGAUGAUGACCAAUUUUAGCUUCUGUCCUCUCAUUAUUCUCUCAUUUCUGUUAGUGUUUCAAUCUCAUGGAACUUCAGCUGCACAAAAGGAUUGUUUUGUGAAUGCUAUAUAUAGCUUCGGAGACUCGAUCGCCGACACCGGGAAUCUUCUUCGGGAGGGUCCCGUAGGGUUCUUCGCCACAAUCGGAAGCUAUCCCUACGGAGAGACCUUCAAAAAGCCCACCGGUCGCUGCUCCGAUGGCCUCCUCAUGAUUGACUUCUUCGCUAUGGCUCUCAAUCUUUCAUUCAUCAACCCUUACUUGGACAAGAGUGCCAACUUCGACAACGGCGCCAAUUUCGCGGUCGCGGGCGCCACGGCCCUCGACCGGUCCUUCUUCAUAGAGAGAGGAAUAUACUCAACAUUCACUAAUAACCCUCUAAGUGCUCAGCUUGAUUGGUUCAAGGCACAUCUCAACUCUACAUGCUCUUCUCAACAAGAUUGUGCUAAAAGGCUUGGGCAAUCACUUUUCUUGCUGGGAGAAAUUGGGGGAAAUGAUUACAACUAUGCUUUUUUCCAAGGAAGAUCCAUGGAGGAAGUGACGAGCUAUGUGCCUGAAGUUGUGAAGAGCAUAACAGAUACUGCAAAGGAAGUGAUCAGCUUAGGAGCCACACAGCUAGUGGUACCCGGGAACUUCCCCAUAGGGUGCUCCCCAAGCUAUCUCUCGAUGUUCUACACUGCAGAUGCCAAUGCCUACGACGAGAGGAAGUGCUUGAAGAGCUUCAACUCCUUCUCCAGCUACCACAACAAGCAGCUUCAAGCAGCAGUAGACGAGCUGCGACGUGCGUACCCCAACGUUACCAUAAUGUACGCCGAUUACCACGAGGCCUUCGUGCACCUCCUUGAUCAUGCCUCUGAUUUUGAUUCACUACUAACAGCGUGUUGCGGAUCGGGUGGGGAGUACAAUUUUGAGAUAAGCGCGAUGUGCGGUGCACCGGGUUCGAGCUCGUGCUCGGACCCGAACCAAUAUAUAAGCUGGGACGGGCUCCACCUCACCCAGGAGGCGUACCGGGUCAUGGCUCAGUCGCUUAUCAUGGAGGGAUUCGCUUACCCGAACGACCGGGUCCAAGAGACGUGGACUUGUUGAGGGGCCCUUCUCAAUUAAAUAUUUGUAGUUCAGGGACCUUUCUGAAAAAGAGGGAUAUUUUCGGUAUGUAUACUCCUACAAAGUUUUAGAAUUAUCCCAUUUAUCCUUACAACGUUUUAGUUAUUAAAUAUAAUUCUGUGAAGCUUCAAAACAUGCAAAUAUAUUUCCACAGAUUGACCAUCGUUA